AUGAAGACUCCGAACUCUAGAGAACGACCUCAUGAGGUAGAAGCACAGCCUGUUUAUUCCAUUUAUACUCAGCGACAAAAAUUCUUCAUUGUUUUCAUGUCUAGCCUAGGAGGGUUCUUCUCGCCUUUAUCAGCAAAUACGUAUUUACCCAGCAUCCCCAGUUUAUCAGAAUAUCUUGGAGUGUCUCCAUCUUUGAUGAAUCUUACGGUUACUGCAUUUCUUAUUUUCCAAGGACUGGCCCCAUCAUUUUACGGCGAUCUUGCCGACAUUGCUGGUAGACGGCCGGCAUAUUUAAUAUCAUUCGUCAUCUACAUAGCUGCAAACAUUGGCUUGGCCAGUCAAUCGUCUUAUGCGGCGUUAUUUGUUCUCAGAUGUCUCCAGAGCUCAGGAUCAGGAGGCACAUAUGCGUUGAAUAGUGGAGUUAUUGCCGACAUCUCAACCACGGCCGAACGUGGUAAAUACAUGAGUGCAGCACAAAGCGGGAUCAUGCUUGGUCCAGCAAUUGGACCUAUAUUGGGAGGUGUUCUUGCCCAGCAUCUUGGCUGGAGGUCUAUAUUCUGGUACAGUUUUGCCCGAUGUGGCAGCAUAUACCUCAUUGUUUUUGCGAUCGCGGUUCCGGAAACUGCCAGAAAGGUGGUGGGCAAUGGCUCCAUUCCCCCGACGGCAUGGUGGAAUCGCUCCUUGCUGAGCGAAGUUGCUCGUCGUAAAGCGCGUACCAAGCAGGGAGACGAAGGCAUUUCUCCAUCGCCAAAGCCUCGAGGGUUGAGAUUUCCGAAUCCUUUGAAGACAUUGUUGAUCAUCAAAGAGAAAGACUGCGCGAUGAUGCUGUUCUAUAACGCCAUCAUCUACUCGUCGUGGUAUACAGUAACCGCCAAUUUGUCAAAUCUACUCUCGGAGAAUUACCACCUAGACACGCUACACUUGGGAUUAUGUUAUAUAGACUGGAAUUAUGCACGUGUUGCACGUCGUUACGGUUUCUCAAUCGACAAAAGGCGAGGCGAUGAUUUGACCAAGUUUCCCAUUGAGAAAGCAAGACUGAGCAUUGUUUGGCCAUUUGUUUAUGUGGGUGCUGUGGCCAUUAUCUGCUUUGGCUGGGCUGCCAUGCUAAAGACGCAUAUCUCGGUCCUUUUGAUCCUCACAUUCGCCAUGGCCCUAUUCCUUACCGCUUGCUAUAAUAGCAUGAAUCUCUUGCUGGUUGAUCUGUAUCCAAAUUCGCCUUCGACUGCCUCUGCCGCGAAUAAUUUGACUAGGUGUCUAUUGUCGGCGGGAGGAUCUGCCGUUAUUGACCCCAUGAUCCGCAAAAUGGGUACUGGUUGGGCAUAUACUCUUGUUGGAAUUCUCAUUAUUGCGCUGAGUCCUUCUCUUCUUAUUGUUACCCGCUAUGGUCCAGUCUGGAGAGAGGAACGGAGAUUGCGGUUGGAACAGAAGGAAGAGGCACGUAAGCAGCCAGCAGAGCGGCAAGUGUGAGAGAGAACAGUACAUAUGUAGUAUCUCACCAAGGAGGUUGAGGGAUGCACAUAGGCGCGAAUAUUUCCUAGAGUAAAAUAAGAAUAAUUAUAGAUAAUUAACCGUCAUACUGUUGUAUUAUACACUGCGGGAGGUAUACCUCAGUAAACAACAUUGUUUGUCUAUGUGGAUAGCUAUUUGUGGUAUUCAAUCUCGUUA